GCUCUGAAACUCCCAGUCCACGCCUCUACCUCGAACAACACACCGGAAAGGCCAUGGCAAUGACAUGGCACAUGGCGUUUUGGAUCGCUAACAUGGUUUGGGUGGCCUUGAGCGACUGUGUUUCUUCUUGUUUGGCCAUCGCCGACGAGGUCGCGGGCUCCAUCAGAACUGGUGAUAUUGGCCCUUUUCACAUCGGCUGACCGGAGAUUCUUCGAUUUCGUCAAUUCGUAACCCUCUGGAACAGACUGCUAUAGUUGCACACUUCUGGUUAUAAAUCCCCAGAUCCUACUCAUAUGAUCAGCAAUGAAUUGUAGAUAAAAUUAUAUUUUACCGUUGCUUCCAUGCCUUCCAUGCUCAAUAGGUGAAGAACGAUAAUACGUUCAUAUGCAGGUAAAAAAGAACUAUUAGUAGAUGAGUACGAACUGUGAAAGCUGAGGAACAAAAGUUACUGUGUUGGACUAUGGCUGCUGCUUCCACACCCAUCCUGAAUUGGUAAAAAUUGUAUAUUCUUGAGUCAUCUGCAUGUUUUAGCUCGUUGGAGCUCUGACCACGAGAACAUGUUAGUUUGAAAUAUUCGUAUCAAUUACUUACGUACAAUCUUGUUAAAACAUUUAAUUCCUAAGAACUUUUGGUAGUUUUAGUAUUCU